AUGGAAUACGUUUUUGUCGAUGACUUACACCGAUAUAAACGAUUAAAAGUUACACGUGCAUGCGAGUCGUGCCGUCGUAGAAAGGUUAAAUGCGAUGGUGGCUCUGGUGGCUCGCAAACGCCCUGCUCAAGUUGCAGAAAAUUAAAAAUUGAUUGUAUCUUUUCAAAUAUGGCCAUGAAGAGGACCGCCCCAAAGACCGAACAAGAACAAAUGGAUGAAAAAUUACAAAGAUCCGAAAACCUUUUAAAUAAACUUGACGAGGAAGAAAAACAAGUAAGAAAAGUAAGCGUCGAUUAUGUUGACACGCUCACAGAUGUCUUGGGCCAUAUGAAAAUAGAUUAUUCUGGUCGAGCUAACUAUAUUUACUCGAUGGAAGGUCGAAUGCUUAAAGAUGGCGAAGAAGUUCCACCGGAAAUGCUCAUAUUGGUCGAACCUCCGUUACCAUACCAUCAAUUUCCUUCGAACGGUUGCAAUCCAUCACCCGAGUUGAUCAACCAUUCAAUCAACUUGUAUUUCAUUCACGUACAUCCAUACGUUCCGAUUUUACAUAAAUCCGACUUUUUAAGGCGUCUCAAUGAUAAGUCAAAUCCUAUAUCACCUUUGUUGCUCUAUUCCGUGUUAGCCAUGGGUGCAAAAUUUUCUGAUGACGUAAACGUUCGACUCGAUCCCAUGAAACCGGAAACGGCUGGAUAUGCAUAUUAUAAUCACGCUAAAGAUCUAUUGGAUGAUUUCUUAGACACACCAAGGUUAUCCACCAUACAAGCGCAAAUUCUAAUGUUGAAAUUUCAGGAAGGCAUUCGUCGACCUGGUUUCUUCUUUAGAAGUUGGUUAUACUUUGGUGUUAUCAUUCGGAUGGCACAAGAUUUAGGUUUGAACAAAAAUUAUGAAAAGUGGAAUUUACAAAUUUCGCGUGGAGAUGCGGUUGUUAGAAAACGUGUAUGGCAAAUUUGCUUCCUUUGUGAUCAAUUCAUGAGCGGCGCGCAAGGCCGAGAAGUUGUCAUUUCAUUAUCAAACACCGACAUUGAGCUCCCACGUAAAGAGGAUUAUGAAGAUGAACAAGAAUUACAAAUUCAAACCGAUUUCGUUCACUUUGUACGCCUCGCUAAAAUCUUGGCUAACGUAAUGUCAGUCAUUGCACCAUCCGGUUCAGGUGCGGUAUUGCAAUCAUGGACGGCGAAUCCAAAAUUGCAAAUCCUUGACGACGUUUUAGAUGCUUGGUUACAAGCACUUCCAUCAAGACUUAAAUGUCAUCCAUCAAUGGAAAAUAAUUCUAAUUCUCUUCCACACCUUCCGACUUCACAUUUCGCUGGCUUCCUCAACGUUUUAUAUCACACCAUCGUAAUCUUACUUCAUCGACCUUAUAUCACAUCCAUUGAAAGUGGUAAAGUUCCACAAUCAAAUCCUCAACAUUUGAAUAUGUGUACCACGUCCGCUAAUAGUAUAUCACAGAUUGCACAAACAAUGUUUGAACAUUGGGGUCCAAUGGUUUUCCAAUAUCCCAUUCGUGGGGGAAAUUACGGAGUUUAUUGUCUAGUCGCCGCUUCAAUGAUUCAUCUCGUCAAUAUGUCGUCCCCCGAGAUGAGAGUGUCACGAUUAGCGCAUGAUCACCUGUUGAGAACGUUGGGUGUUCUCAAGGUAUGCGUCGAACAUAGCGCGGCGUGGGAUCUUCGAGAUAGAGUUAAUAAUCUGGAGGCAGCUUUCUCGGCUCAACAAGCACGACAAUCAGCAGUAGCGAUGUUAUUCCACCCAGGCUCCCAACCCAAUUCACCAAAUCUUAUGUCGCACAUGGCCGGAAGACCACGUAGACCGAUCGUUAGGAGACGUGCGACCACCCAGAAUACCACAGAAUUAAGACCUGCUGAAACGAAUCAACCAAUAUUUCAAAAUAGCCUUCCUAAUAAUUUUUCAAAUUACCCACAAAAUACCUCUCCCCCACAUUUUCAUGAAAGAUCUCUGUACAUACUACCUGAAGACCAUCAAUCUGAGCAACAUUCAUUUCCCCCUGAACAUGAACGAUCAGCAUCUUUAGAUCAGUUCGAUUUCAUACCCGCACAACCUUCCAUGGAAGAAAAUUCAUUGCUGACAAAUUCACUUGGUCAAAUGCCGAUCACACCUUCUGGUCUUAGCGCUCCCAUGACCGUUCCAACAUCUGGAACGUUCAAUCCAUUAUUACAAAUGCAAAAUUCUAAGCAAUUUGAUAUAGAUUCUAAUGGAUCAUUUUGGGAUACAAAUUCUUUAUUGCUGUGGAACAAUCAAUUUCCAAAUACUACGGCUCAAAUGUGGACCCAAAACGGUGGAAUUAGUCCACUUAGUAUAAGUACGUCCCCAUCAGCCGAUUCACCUUCAGGACAUCAAUCACCUGAUCAUGGGUCACCGGCAUCAAUAGAACAGUAUUCACAAAGCAAUGCUGGUUCUCCCGCUAAUUCUGUAGUAGAUCCUGUAAUCGUCGCUUCACAGAACUCUGAUGAUCUAAUUUUGGGAACGGAAAAUGUUUGGUUUUCUUGA